ACACAGCGGCCACGUGCUUCAUGUUCCGAUGUGCAGACAACUUUGUGAGCUACCGUAAGCGUAGCGGUUGGGUGAAGGGGAUCGGAGGCGACAAGGCCCCCGUUCCUCUUCUAGGAUACGGAGAUGUGACCUUAGUCCUACAGACGGAAGAUGGUGGAGUACCCGUACCAGUACUGAAUGCUGCCCAUGUACCAAAGUUCCCCUACAACCUCCUCUCGCUGUCUUCGUUGGCGGAGGAGGGCCACACGUACUCGGGGAUGAAGGGGGGCCUCACGCUGACCACGAAAGCCGGGGGGGGAGCCAACCCCACUGACCUCAACGAGUACCACCUCGCGCACGGCCAUGCCCACGAGAUAGCCGUGUUCAAGUCGAGAAGAAAAGCAAAGUCGCAACCCAAGGGCGAACAAGGAUGGUACCUUGGUCCUGCCCACAAUCACCGCCGUGACUGCGUUCGCAUGCUAACCGAAGCUGGAACCGUAAUCACCACCCGCGAUUUCACCUGGCGCCACGUGCCCGCUGCAUCGCCCGCUCCCCCGCAGCUGCUACCUCUCGCAGAUGACGAGGAGGGAGGGGAGGGCGAGAGCAGAGCGGAUGCAUCACGCCAAGGUUGGCGGGGUGAGAGAGACUCAGAGAGUGAGUCCGACCUCGACGUGAUGGAGGCUCGUGGGCCAGGGCAAGCGACGCCGUUUGUGCGCGAGGAGGCGCCGACGGCACCCGGCAACGGCAGUCCGGGGGACGGAGGCAGCGUUCCCGCGUCGCCCCCUUCGGGAAGGGGCGACUUCGGCGGAGGCCGUGACAGCCCCACCGACAGCAGCAGCAGCAGCAGCAGCAGUGACGCAGGCGGUGCCGGCGGCCCGGGCGGCGAAGAGUCCGGCGACCCAGGUGGGGGCGGCGGUAGCGAUGGUGAUCCCGGCGACUCCGAGAACCUCGAGGAGUUGAAGUAUGAUCCAGCCGACGACCGCUACCCCCGCGGGCUAGAAGGGAAGAAUCUCCUUUGGGGUGCCUCGAACGCUGGCCCGCUGCGCCAUGGGCUUGAGAGUGGCCGCACGCCGAAGCAGAACUGGGAGAUGCAAGGUGCCGGGGAGAUGCCGGGGCCCGGAGAAACACCGGACCCGGAAGAGGCAUUGCUGGCGACCAUCCUGGCAACUGGCGGGACGGGGAUUGUUGAGGACUACAUCUGCAACUCGCUUGUGAAGGAGCAGUGGGACGAGGAGCACACACGCCGUAUGGAGGAGAUGUACAGGCGCGAGACGCAGGAGGUGUUGGGCCCGGAACAGCAGGCGUUCGGGGCCGAGGUCGACGCCAGCGGGUCUCCGCAACCACUUCCAGACCCACAGCUAAGGCCGAAGAGAGAUGACGAGCCCGCGGUGGAUAAGCCUGUGAGGGAGGCGAUCGGAUGCCUGAUGUGGACGAAGCUGACGAGGCCAGACAUCGCCCUGCCUCUGAACAAGCUCCAGAAGAUCGCCCACUCACCCACCGGGAGGAUAUGGAACGCGCUUGUGCGGAUCAUGUCCUACCUGAACUUCACGAAGGACUUCGGCAUCACCUACGUACGGGGGUCAGGACUAGACCUAAGCGUGUUUGUCGAUGCCAGCCACGCUGACAACGAAGUAGACAGGCGUUCUACGACCGAGCUAGCUGGGACCGUAGUAGGUGAUACCGUAGUGUGUGUAUCCACCAAAGACGCAGCCAGUGACGGCUCAGUCGACCUCGGCAGCAGAGUAUAUGGCAGCCGGGGAGGGCGUGAAGGAGGCGUUGUUUGUGCGUGGCGUUCUGUCGUUCAUAGCGCCCGAGACGAGUGGGGCGAAGAUCAAGGUCCUUGGGGACAACAAGGGGGCUCUCGCCUUAAUCGAGAACCCGUUCAGCUCAGCGAGGAGCAAGCACAUCGACGUGCGGUUCCAUUUCAUUCGCGAGCUAUUCAAGUCGGGCAAGAUCACUGCAGAGUAUGUUCCGACUGGAGAGCAGCACGCCGACAUACUUAUCAAGGUCCUUGGCAGAGAGGAGUUAGAGUACCACCGGAAGGCUCUGAUGAACCUACCGAUGUAGUGUUCUCUUGUUCUCUUUGGUUUAUGUAG